UUUUCAUCUAAGCCUUUCUCUGUCCCAAGAAGUAAAUAGAUCGUGUGUCUGACUGAUUCGAACAAACUGGUCAGUGUAAGGCUAGUCGAGACUAUGUGUAGUCGGUCAUGACAAGACAACCUGGCAGCAAUAGUGUUUGUUGUGUGUUGAGUGGUCUGGCGAGACAAUACAGACUGCCGUGGUGGGAGUGCUAUUGCCCUAUGGGUAAACCAAUUCCAUCUACUUCUUUUAUUGCUUUCAAGGUUCCAUUAAAGGAGACUCUAUUGAGCAAGGUUGAGGAAAAAGAGAAAUUCUCACCAGCCAUUCUGCUUAAGACCCUGGAAGAGCAAGGUCACAAGCUUGGUGCAAUAAUUGAUCUCACAUAUACUUGGAAAUAUUAUGAGAAACAGGAUUUUGAAACCAGUUCAAUUAAACAUUGGAAAAUUUUUACCAAAGGUCAUGAUGUACCAAGUGAAGGCGUUUUUCAGAAAUUUGCUAAGGCAGUUAAGACUGCUGAGAAUACAGGAGUAUUGAUUGGAGUUCAUUGUACACAUGGUGUAAACAGAACAGGCUAUUUAAUAUGCAGGUAUAUGAUAGAGGAAUUGAACAUAGAACCUGACGAAGCUAUAGCAUUGUUCAAUGAAGCUAGAGGCCAUAAAUUAGAAAGAGAAAACUAUUUAGAAGACUUGCGUCAAAGAAUCAAGGGUAAAUCAUCUUAUGAUCCAAAUUAUGUAGAUCCAGAUGAUACAAAUGAUAAUCCAAAACAGAGAUGGAGAAAUAAUAGAUCUGAUCAUCCAGACUGGCGCAGACAAGACAGACGGUUCACCAAUGAUUACCAGAAUUAUGACAGAUGUCAAUAUUCUGGUUCAAAUCGUGGGUACCAACAAUCUAGCUAUUGGUAUGCAGAAGAUUCCAAUAACCAAUAUCAACAAAACUACACUUGGAGAAAAUAUGGAAACGACUGCAUGAAGAAUGAAUCAAGAGAAGAAAAGCCUUAUUAUGAUCCUUGGAAGAGAUGGGACAGGUCACAUGACCAAACUGAACACGAGGACUAUACUCUAGAUAGAUAUGAGGAAAAAUAUUCUUACAAGUCAUUCUAUGAUAAUGAUUCUCAUACAAGGCGACACCUUUCAGAAAGUGCACAACAUUCUUAUAAAUCAUUCCACGAUAAUGAUUCUCACAAAAGGAGACACCCUUCAGAAAGAGCUGCAAUAUCUGAAUCACCAAGCUCAUAUUUUAGUGAAAGUAAAAGGAAGAAAUUUGAAAAAUGCUCUGAUGGCGAUGUUAAACAUAAAUCAUUUAGAGAAGAAAAAGAUCAUAUAGAUAAUAAAACUAAAAGAAAGGUAGACGACUGGGGGGCUCAACACAAAUCAUUGAGCAGAAAUGAUUACUCAGACAAGGAUGAUGUGAAGUUGUUAUCACAUAGUUUAGACUCCUCAGAGCCGAACAUUAAAAAGUUUAAAACAGAAGUAAAGCAUAAAGAUAUAAUCAUAAAUGAUAAAUCAGUCAGAGAAACUGAUUCAUCAGAUUUCUUUUUAAAUUCAAAUUUAGAUUUGGGUGAAAUGGUACAAACAAAAUCUCAAGAACAAUCAUUGGAUGAGAAGAUUCAACAAUCAACAGAAGGGGAAUCUCAGUCAGACUAUACAACAGAAUCUUUUUCUCAAUGUGCAGAUUCUACAGAAAGUAGAAAUGAAAAGUCUGCAAGAAAAUCAGAGGCUAGUCAUGAACAUCUUCUCAACACAUCAUGUACACAACUUUCUAGCAACAGCAGUAUAGAUACUUGAUUCCAUUCUAGUGUUGUGCUUCUGACAAUGUGAUUAAAUUAAAGUGAUAUAUUUCUAUCAUGUUGAGAUGGAAAACUUUAGUUAUUUUAUUGAAAUAGAAAGUACAUAUAUCAUUAAUAAAAACCAACCAUUACUUUCUAAAAUGUGAAUUCUAUUAAUGUACACAUGUAUUAACAUGAUAUAGUUCAGAUAAGAUCAAAUACAAACAUUUCUUUGUUUUUAGAUUACUUUAGAAUUAUCUCAUUUAGUUGACAUACUUUAGAAUCAGUUCAUGAUAUAUUUAGUUCUUUCUUUUUAGAUUACUUAAGAAUUAUCUCAGUUGACCUACUUUAGAAUCAGUUCAUGAUAUAUUUAGUACAUCACUUUGUGGAUAACAUUUUUAAACUAAUUACACAUGUUGCAUUACUUUUACACUGACACUUGAAUGUGUUGUUUAGUAGUAAACAUAAGACUGUACAGUGCACUUUAUAAACAAUUAUUCAUUGAUUUUUAACCCCCAUUAUUUGUAGUUGUUUUAACAAUAUACAAAAAUUAUUUUAAGAUGCAAAUACAUUUGAAUUAACUGUGAUGUUUCUUAAACGAUGUACAGUUCAUUAGGUGAUGGUACUUCAAUAUUGGAGGGGAAAAUAGAAGAAACUUGUUUUACUGAUUUUAGUCGAUAUAUUGUGCUAUGAACACUAUUUAUUAUUUUGAUGAAAUAAUUGUUUUUGCGUAAGAAUGAGUGUAAUAAUUUGCAUGAAAAUUAAAAUAUUUUUAUUUA